AGGCAUGCUGCUCCCACGGACCCCGCAGCUGCCCGACUUCUCCCUGGGGCUCCUGCUGGCGCUCCUCUGCUGGCGGAUCAAGGUGAGCCUCGCCUCGGGCCAGUUCGAGUUCGAGAUCCUGUCCAUGCAAAAUGUCAACGGGGAGCUGCAGAGCGGCCACUGCUGCGACGGGACCCGCAACCCGGCCGACCGGCGCUGCACCCGGGACGAGUGCGACACUUAUUUCAAAGUUUGCCUGAAGGAGUAUCAGUUGCGGGUCUCCGCGGGGGGGCCCUGCAGCUUUGGAGCCGGAACUACCCCCGUCGUCGGAGGGAAUACCUUCAGCUUGAAAUACAGUCGGAAUAACGAAAGGAACCGGAUCGUGCUGCCUUUCAGCUUCGCCUGGCCGAGAUCCUACACGUUGCUGGUGGAGGCCUGGGAUUACAGUAACGACAGUGUUAAUGGAGAUAACAUUAUCGAAAAAGCUUCUCACUCUGGAAUGAUCAACCCCAGCCGGCAGUGGCAGACCCUGAAGCAGAACGCAGGCGUUGCUCACUUUGAGUACCAGAUUCGAGUCACGUGCGACGAACAUUAUUAUGGCUUCGGCUGCAACAAGUUUUGCCGGCCGCGGGACGACUUCUUCGGACACUAUACUUGCGAUCAGAAUGGCAACAAAACUUGCCUGGAAGGCUGGAUGGGUCUCGAGUGCAACAAAGCCAUCUGUCGUCAGGGUUGUAGCCCCAAACACGGGUCUUGCAAAAUUCCUGGAGAGUGCAGGUGUCAGUACGGAUGGCAAGGCCAAUACUGCGAUAAGUGCAUUCCUCACCCGGGCUGUGUCCAUGGCACUUGCAAUGAACCGUGGCAGUGUCUCUGUGAGACCAACUGGGGUGGCCAGUUCUGCAAUAAAGAUCUGAACUAUUGUGGGACUCACCCGCCGUGUUUGAACGGAGGUACCUGCAGCAACACCGGCCCCGACAAAUAUCAGUGUUCCUGCCCAGAGGGCUACUCAGGACAGAACUGUGAAAUCGCGGAACAUGCCUGCCUUUCGGAUCCUUGCCACAAUGGAGGAAGCUGCUUUGAAACUUCUACGGGGUUUGAGUGUCUCUGUGCUCCUGGCUGGGCAGCCUCAACAUGCACCCUUAAUAUCGAUGACUGUUCUCCAAACCCCUGUGGCCAUGGAGGGACUUGCCAGGACCUUGUCGAUGGCUUUAAGUGUAUAUGCCCACCUCAGUGGACUGGCAAAACGUGUCAGAUCGAUGCCAAUGAAUGCGAGGGGAAGCCGUGUCUCAAUGCCAACUCCUGCAGGAACUUGAUUGGCAGCUACUAUUGCGACUGCAUUGCUGGCUGGACUGGCCAGAACUGUGAGAUAAAUAUUGAUGACUGUCUUGGAAAAUGUCAGAAUGGGGGGACCUGCAGGGACUUGGUUAAUGGUUAUCGGUGUGUCUGCCCAGCCGGCUAUGCAGGGGACAACUGUGAGAAGGACAUCGAUGAAUGUGCCAGUAACCCUUGUUUGAAUGGAGGCCUCUGCCAAGAUGAGAUCAAUGGAUUCCAAUGUCUCUGCCUUGCUGGAUUCUCAGGAAAUGUCUGUCAGCUGGACAUCGAUUAUUGUGAACCCAAUCCGUGCCAGAACGGGGCCCAGUGCUUCAACUACGAGAACGAUUACUUCUGUAGCAACUGUCCUGAAGACUAUGAAGGGAAGAACUGUUCGCACCUGAAAGAUCACUGCCGUUCUACUCCUUGUGAAGUCAUUGACAGCUGCACGGUCGCAGUGGCUUCCAACAGCACACCAGAAGGGGUCCGUUACAUCUCUUCCAAUGUUUGCGGGCCACACGGCAAGUGCAAAAGCCAGGCAGGGGGCAAAUUCACUUGCGAAUGUGACAAAGGCUUCACCGGCACCUACUGCCACGAAAACAUCAACGACUGUGAGAGCAACCCGUGUAGAAACGGUGGCACGUGUAUUGAUGGCAUCAACUCCUACAAGUGCAUUUGUAGCGAUGGCUGGGAAGGCACCUUCUGUGAAGCAAAUAUUAAUGACUGCAGUAAAAAUCCUUGCCACAACGGAGGGACUUGUCAAGACUUGGUCAAUGACUUUUUCUGUGAAUGUAAAAACGGCUGGAAAGGGAAAACCUGCCAUUCACGUGACAGCCAGUGUGACGAAGCCACAUGCAAUAAUGGAGGGACGUGUUACGACGAAGGAGAUGCCUUCAAGUGCAUGUGUCCUGCCGGAUGGGAAGGAGCCACCUGCAACAUAGCAAGAAACAGCAGCUGCCUGCCCAACCCCUGCCACAACGGAGGGACGUGUGUUGUCAGUGGAGAUUCCUUUACGUGCGUCUGCAAAGAGGGCUGGGAAGGACCCACUUGCACUCAGAAUACCAAUGAUUGCAGUCCUCACCCUUGCUAUAAUAGCGGAACCUGUGUGGACGGUGACAAUUGGUAUAGAUGCGAGUGUGCUCCAGGUUUUGCGGGUCCAGAUUGCAGGAUAAAUAUCAAUGAAUGCCAAUCCUCACCCUGUGCUUUCGGAGCCACGUGUGUAGAUGAAAUCAAUGGAUACCGUUGUAUCUGCCCACCUGGUCGCAGUGGUCCAAGAUGUCAAGAAGUUUCUGGAAGGUCUUGCACUGCUAAUGGCCAUACCGUUCCAGAUGGAUCUAAAUGGGAUGAUGAAUGCAAUAGCUGUCAGUGUUUAAAUGGAAAGGUCACCUGUUCUAAGGUCUGGUGUGGUCCGAAGCCUUGCCUGAUCAGUGUUAAAGGCCACAGUGAAUGUCCCACGGGGCACACCUGCGUUCCUAUUAAGGAGGACAACUGCUUUGUGCACCCUUGUCACAAUGUGGGUGAAUGCUGGCUUUCUAGUCAACAACCGGGGAAGAAGAUAUGCAGCUCCGACUCCUACUAUCAGGACAAUUGUGCUAACAUCACGUUCACCUUUAACAAAGAGAUGAUGACUCCGGGUCUGAGUACAGAGCAUAUCUGUAGUGAAUUGAGGAAUCUGAGCGUCUUGAAGAACGUCUCUGCCGAGUAUUCCAUCUUCAUCACCUGUGAACCGUCACACUUGGCAAACAAUGAAAUUCAUGUUGCAAUUUCUGCAGAAGAUAUCCAGGAGGAAGAGAACCCCAUAAAAGAUAUAACCGAUAAAAUUAUCGAUCUUGUGAGCAAGCGUGAUGGGAACAGCACACUUUUUGCAGCGGUUGCAGAAGUCCGGGUACAGAAGCGGCCAGUGAAAAGCAAAACAGAUUUCUUGGUGCCGUUGCUGAGCUCCGUGUUAACAGUAGCUUGGGUUUGCUGCCUGGUCACCGCCUUUUACUGGUGCUUCCGGAAGCGCCGGAAGCAGAGUGCCCACAGCCACACAGCAUCAGACGACAACACCACCAAUAACGUGAGGGAACAGCUGAAUCAAAUCAAGAACCCCAUUGAGAAACACGGCGCCAACGCCGUCCCCAUCAAAGACUAUGAAAACAAGAACACAAAAAUUGCCAAAAUAAGGACACACAACUCUGAGGUGGAGGAAGACGACAUGGACAAACACCAACAGAAAACCCGCUUUGCAAAACAAGCGGCGUACACGCUGGUAGACAGAGAGGAAAAGCCCCCCAACGGCACGCCCACAAAACACCCGAACUGGACAAACAAACAGGACAACCGAGACUUGGAAAGCGCACAAAGUUUAAACCGAAUGGAGUACAUUGUAUAGCAGACCGCAGGUGCUGCCGUGCAGGGCCUUUCACCGAUCACUUCAAGGCAACUCGGAGCUUGUAGUUCUUAAAACGGUUGUGUAAUAUUUUCGAGUCUAAGGCUAUUAUUUGCUUAGAAUCCCUGUGUUAAUUUAAGUUUUGACAAGCUGGCCUACACUGGCAGUGAUAGUUGCUGUGGUUGGCUGGUUUACCAAGUGCUGCAUUUCACAUCUCUGCAGAACUAGUCAGAAGUGCCCCAGUGUGUAGAUUCAGCUGCAGCUGAUGCAUCCCGGAAAGGUUUCAUAAGGUUAUAGUAUAGCUUUAUUUAGCUUUUUCCUGUAGCAAAAAACCCACAUAUUUUUGUUCUUCCCUCCUCUUCUCUCGAGAUGUCGUGAUUUAUAUUUCAGUCUUAGACAAAUGCGUUUUAUUUAUUUAUUGAAUUAGAGUUCUUUUGUAUAUUGGUUUUAUGGUGACGUACAACUAGUUCUGUAUUUGGAAGUGCCUUUGCAGCUCAGAACCACAGCAACUAUCAAAAAAAAAGUUUAUUAUUUAUUUUUUUAUUGUAUUGUUUUUGUUGGGGGGGGAGGGCAGAGGGCGGGGAUCGUGGGGGACUUCUUGUCAGCUGUGGCUGGUAAAAAAAUGAAGAAUUGAGAGGAAAAUGUGUCAAAAGUAGAAGUUUGUAUAGUUAUGUAAAUAAUUCUUUUUUUAUUAAUCACUGUGUAUAUUUGAUUUAUUAACUUAAUAAUCAAGAGCCUUAAAUAUCAUUCCUUUUUUUUAUUUAUACAUAUGUGUUUAGAGUUGAAGGUUUUUCGUAGCGUUGUAAACUGACUGCUUCUUCUUUUGACUUCUCCCCUCCCACACACCUUGUUACUUGUUGCCUACAUGCCAAAAUUUAAGGUGUUCUGAAAAUCAACUUUUUAUUUUUAAACAAUAGGAUGGGCUUUCACGCCUUGAUGCUGGCUUUUUUUGUACAAUGUCAAGUGUGGUUUUUUUGGUCUUUUUUUUUUUUAAAAAAAAAGAGAAACCACCUUCCAUAAUAUCACUUUAAACUAUUUUGUAAGUACUGGUGGCUGAGGCAGUUUAGAAAUAGACUAGUUUUUGUUCUGUUUUUAUUUUUAAUUUUUUUUUUCUGGCUGCUUUGGACAUGGGGUGGGGGAAAGGAAAAGAUGACAGGCAGAAAAUCUGCUACAUAGCGGUUUAAGGGAACACAAAAGGAGCUAUACCUUCUGUAGAUGAAACAUGAGAAAUGUGAGUGGGUGUAUGUAAUUAAAAAAUAUCAAGUUAGUGUGUGAAGUUGGAAACACCGAAAUCUUGUUUUGUAAACUCUUUUGAUUUUCCCUCCCCACCAUGAAUAGGUAAUACUGAACCACUUGUAGGUUUGAUUUCUUUUCUUUUGUAAUCUACUGUAUUUAGGAAGUAUUCUAAUAAGCUAGUUGCUGAAUACUUGAACAGUAGAAUGUUCAGUAAGAUCAUGGAGAAAGUUUGCCAGAGUAUGGUGCCCGCCUUAAAAAAAAAAAAAGAAAGAGAAAAAAAUAAGAGGAAAUCAAAGUGCUAUUAACAAAGUUGGAAGAUCAGAAAAAACUAAAUUUUUAAAAAAGGCUUAAUUAUCUCAAUGGGUCAUCCACUGAACUCAUAAAAGGUAUCUUGUAUGGUAAUAUUAGUGUUACGUGAACAUGAAAAUACAUCUCUGAUGUGUUAUUCCUGGCAAUAAAUCUUGAAAAAAUAUUUAUUAAAUUUUUUUGUAUAAAAACAUAAAAA